AUGCGAAGUGUUCUGAGGAAGGGAAACAUCACACAUCUGUGUAACAAAAUAAAAUGUGCAAAUUAUAUGCAAUGGUAUGAAGGUAGUAGAAGGCGAAUAAGCAGUGCCACGGGGAGCAUUGGAAAAAGGAGUCCACCUAGUAGCCGCCUCUUCAGCUCAUUCGAAACAAAAAUACCCGGAAGUUCAGUAGAACAAGUAAUCGACGGAAUAGCACUGACCGUUUAUGAUAAUACAAAUAUAUUCAAGGAGGAGACCAGUAGCACCCCAAUAGUGUUAAUUCACGGGUGCUAUGGAAGCAAAAAUAAUUUUCGUGUUUUUAGCAAAAGCUUAAAAAGCAAUAAAAUUGUAACCCUGGACUUACGAAACCAUGGCAACUCAAAACAUACAGAUAGUAUGAAAUAUGAAGAAAUGGAAAGUGAUGUGAAAAAAGUUUUGGAUGAGCUUCACAUUAGGAAAUGCUGUUUAGUUGGUUUCAGUUUAGGUGGGAAGGUAUCCAUGUACUGUGCGCUAAAAAACCAGUCUCUUUUUUCUCACCUAGUGGUGAUGGACAUCCUUCCCUUUGAUUAUAAUGAAAAGAAAUACCAUGUGAAGCUUCCCUACAAUAUUAGCCAUAUGACAAAAAUCCUUUUUAAUAUUAAGACAAAGCUGCGUCCGAGGAGUAAGGCCCAGUUUGUGGCCCACCUCCGAGCACAGGUCCCUGACAUAUCCAGCUCCUUCGAGCAGUUCAUCUGCUCGUCGCUCAGGGAGGAAAAGGCAAAAGUGGGAAAAGCAGCUGGAGUGGUGGAUAAGCCCAUAGGUGGGACGGACUUCGUCGGUGCUGCGGACGCGAUUGGCUGUUCGGAGGAUCCUCCCGCUGAACAGCAAAACCUCGUGUGGAAAAUUAACGUCGACACCAUAUUCAAAGAACUCCCCCACAUUCUUAGCUUCCCACUAGAUCACCAACAGUACAAGUAUCACAACCCCUGCAGUUUCAUAAUCGGCACGAAGUCAGAUUUAGUCUAUACCAUGCCGCAGUACGAAUCCAUUAUACAGAAUUACUUUCCCUCCAGCGAGAAAUUUAUUUUGCCUGACGCGACUCAUACGGUUUAUAUUGACAAUGCGAAGGAGUGUGCCGAUAUUGUUAAUAGGACAUUGCGUUUGUGA